AUGGAACUACCACGCGCCAUCCCUUAUGCAUUCCGAUUUCGAAAAGAGUCCACCGCACUUGUCAUCAUAGACAUGCAGAGAGACUUUCUGGAGCCAGGAGGUUUCGGAAGCAUCCAAUGCGGUGAUUUCGAAGUCUUCAACCGAGUCCGCAACAUCGUGCCGACCGUCCAGCGAGCCCUAGAAACAGCUCGGAAACUAGGGCUUCAUGUCAUGCACACUAGGGAAGGACACCUUCCGGAUCUAUCAGAUCUACCCGCAUCUAAGCGUCUCAGGCAGACGACUGCUCCCAAUGGCCAUCACACAAUCGGCAUAGGAGGGCCAGGGCCUAUGGGCCGAUUGCUGGUUAGAGGGGAAUACGGUCACGAUGUUAUUGAUGAACUCAGGCCUCUGCCAGGGGAAGUUGUCAUCGACAAACCUGGAAAGGGAUCUUUCUGGAAGACUGGAUUCCAUCGAGCCCUACUGGCCCGCGGAAUUACACACCUGCUGCUUGCGGGUGUGACAACUGAGUGUUGCGUAAAUACCACAGCCCGAGAAGCCGCCGAUCGUGGGUUCGAGUGCUGCAUUCUGUCGGACUGCACAUCAGGAUUUGAUGCUGGCCUGGUGACCAGUGCCAAUAACACAAUUUGUGCCUAUGAUGGUUUGUUUGGCUAUGUUGUGGUUAAGGAUCUAUCGAUCCUGGCUCUGUCUCAAGCUUAUCAUACACAUACAGUAACGCCAAUGGAUACUGCUCGCAUCGUGGCUGAAAGCAUCUCGAGGUAUCGGAGCCAGAAUCCCGAUGUCUGGACUGAUCUCAGAAAUCCAGAGCUGCUUCUUGAUGCUGCUAAGACGUUGCACGAGAAGUUUGCUGGCGAGCCGUUACCCCCGCUAUAUGGUAUCCCUUUUGCGACUAGUAGCCACAUUGGCUUUGAAAGUACAAGGUCUCACGACGAAGUGGUGGAAGCCUUAAUCGAUGCUGGUGCGAUAUUCGUAGGAAGCUCGUCAGAGUCCCGGCUUGCAGUAGCUGCGCGACUGGUUUCGUUCUCUCUCGAGACAAGCACGUCGAGAAUCCCACACGUGGUCGACGGCCAGAAUGGCAUCGUCACCUUGCACCCCACACCUGGUACUCUUACCCCUGACACCAACUCAUUAUCCAUUGUGGCACAGUGCGUGGAAGACGCACGAAAGAUCUGGUUGAUCACUGACCAGACUUCCAAUAAGGACGAUGUUUCCUUGAGACCUCAGGCAACUGUCAAUUCCUGGGUUUGGCAUGUUGACUUCCGUGGUCCAAGAGUCGGUGGCUUCAGCUUUGGAGUUCUCAAAACGUGGACCGAUGCCUCUGGUCAAUCGUCAACUGUCGAUUCGGGAGUAUCUAAAAGCCUUGGCCAAGCUAUCGCACAACUUCAGGCUGUAGGAGGUCAAAGCCUUGACGUUGACUGGGACGUGUUCGGGCAGGCCAAGCAGCUUUCCCAGUACCUACUAUCAUUGGAUUCUGCAGAAAGUGUCAGCAUGAAAGAUGUGCUGAGUUUGCAAGCCGAGCAGAAGCUUUUGACCCGAAAAGCAGCGAAGAUUUUUGAGAAGAUUGAUGUCGUGCUUGACGCUGCAUGUGUCUCUCGCUCUUCCAAAGGGUUCGACAGCUCUCUCGUCGACAUGCUGGAUCUAUGCGGCAUAACCAUUGACCUCAGUCCCACUCACAAGCAACACGAACACAGCGAUACUGUGAUAACAUUGCUCGGUGGGUCUGGCAGGGAAGGAAGACUCCUCGACAUAGCUCGCGAACUGGAAGGUGAAGCUCAGAGGAGAGCUCAAGUUGUCACGCAGCAAUUGCCGAGCUGA